AGCCCAGUGGUGGCCUGGGGACCCGAGAGUGUCCUGGCAGCUGGGCAGCCGCACGUCAGACAGGGACAAUGAGCCAUCUGGUGAUAAGAUACAGGGGACAGAGUCUGAGCCCACUCCUGGCAAUCCUACCAGUUUCCUGCCCCUGAAAUCUAAUAACAAAAGUUUGUGCUUGUCCUUUUUGGAUCUUCUUUUCAUGUCAGUCUCCUAGUAGUUCUUUUUAAAACUGAGACAGAAUUUACACACCUUAAAAUUUAUUCCUCCAAAGUAUAUUUGCACAGCUGUGCAACCACCACCUUUAUGUAAUUCCAGAACAUUCCAUUACCCUAAAAAGAAACCCCAUCCUCAUUAGCAAUGACUCCCCAGCCUCUGACAAUCAGGAUCCCACUCUCUGUGUCUGUGGAUCGGCCUGUUCUGGACGUUUCCCAUCAGUGGAAUCACACCCUGUGUGUCCUUUGUGUGCUUCUCUCACUGAGCGUCGUGUUCCUGGGGUGCGUCCACAUGGCAGCAAGUGUCAGGGCUUCCCUCUUUUCCUGGCUGAGUGACGCUCCCGAGUACGGAGGGACACGUGGUUGUGUUCACCUUUGGCUGCUGUGCGUGUGUGGGUUUCCAUGUGGACCUGCGUCUCCACUGCCCCUCAUGGGUGCCUGGUGGUGGAAUCACAGGGUCAUGGAGUGACUUUUCUGAGGACGCUGCCCCAUUUCACAGCCCACUUGCCGUGUGGGGUUCCAGUUUCUCCUCAUCCUCCCACAUUGGUCCCUGCCGGCUUCAUGGAUCCAGCCAUUCGGGCGGGUAUGGAAGGUGUCCUGCUGGUUUCAGUUUACGUUUCCCCGUUGCCAGACUGUGUAUGUCCUACCUCUCCUGGUUGCCAUUUCUACAUGUUCCUUGCCUUCAGCAGUGGCCUCCAGGCCAUGUGCCCCCCACCUCCUCCCCAGCUGUGGGCUGCAGACUGAGUGGGGCUGCAGCGUCAGACCAAGGUCUCCCUGACCCCAGGGACCCUCCCAACUAGAGUCCCGGGGCACUGGGCAGGUGCAGGGAGGCCUACAGGCCCACCUGCUUCUCCUGGUUAAGGGCCGGCAUCGAACUGUCCUGGGAUGGGGGUGAUCAAAAGAAAUAGUCCAGGAUGGGGCGCCUAGCCUGACGGCUUUGUGUCCCCCAGCUGCUGGCCCUGUCUGUAUCUCUCCCUCUGUGCUGGGCUAUGGGUUGCAGGGAGAGAUGGAGAAGCGGAAGGACAGAAACCCCUCGCCAAGGCAGGAAUGGGAGCUAGGUGGGACCUCAGAGCCCUGCCAGGGUGGCCCUCCAAGUGGGGGGGCAGUCUACAGCAUGGGCAAAGGCCCUGGGCCAAGCCGCCUGGGGAGGCAGGUGCUGAGGGUCAGCUCUAGGGCAGCCAGGACAGGCAGUGAAGGUCAGGGUGCAGGCUGAGGAACUGACGGCAGACCCAGGAGGGGCCAGCCUUGGUUUCCUCCCCACAGCAUGGGGUCUGUGCCCCUUGAGUUGCUGCUAUGGGCACCCCCAGGACAGCCGUGGUCCCUGCCAGGCGCAGUUGGGCCCAGACUCUGGAGGGCAGCGAUUUGGGGAAACUGAGGCUCGGCAGGGAGGGCGCCAGGACAGCAGGGUACAGGCCGGCAGCAGCAGGGUUCAGGCCGGUGGCGGCAGGCCGGCACUGUUGACAGCCGUCUGUGGCUAGAAUCCGCCCCGUUCAGUAAUUCUCUGCACUCUGCCAGUAAUCGCCCUGACUUACCAGGCAGGCAUCAUUUCCUGAAAGUCAGCCGGCCUUAGGGGAAGUAGGCGCCGGCGGUGACUAAACCAACAUGCAAAUGCAGCCGGGCGGGCGCGGGCUGAGGGCUGAGGGCCGGCCGGGCUGAGCCCCCGCGGUCAUGAGGCAGCUGCUCCCGCUGCCUCCCAGAGACCCGGCCAUCACCAUGUCCCAGCUGCGCUUCUGGCUGCAGUUUGCCACUAUCGGCAAGCCUGUCUUCCAGGACUCCUCAUACCUCGAUGACCUCUCCAACGCUUCCAUCUUCUCCUCGUCCGUGGACUCCCUCUCGGACAUAGCCGACACGCCCGACUUCCCGCACGCUGACAGCCUCAGUCAGGUGCCUACCAUCUGGGACGUGAGCACCGGCCCCUCCGCCCACGACAAGCUGUUCCCGCCCAGUGGGCCAUUUACAGGCCUUGAGGACCCUGUGUCCUCCCUCCCCAGCACCCCACUUCUCAUCAGCUACCAGGCUCAGAGUCAGCCUGAGGAGGACGACGAGGCCGAGGAGGACGAGGCAGAGGAGCUGGGCCACGCGGAGACGUACGCUGACUACGUGCCAUCCAAGUCCAAGAUUGGGAGGCAGCACCCGGACCGUGUGGUGGAGACCAGCACGCUGUCCAGCGUCCCGCCGCCGGACAUCACCUACACCCUCGCCCUACCCUCGUCGGACAGUGGGGCCCUGUCCGCCCUGCAGCUGGAGGCCAUCACCUACGCCUGUCAGCAACAUGAGGUCCUGCUUCCCAGCGGGCAGCGCGCAGGCUUCCUCAUCGGAGAUGGCGCAGGUGUGGGUAAGGGCCGCACGGUGGCCGGCGUCAUCCUGGAGAACUAUCUGCGGGGCAGGAAGAAGGCCUUGUGGUUCAGCGUCUCCAAUGAUCUCAAGUACGACGCGGAGCGCGACCUCCGGGACAUCGCCGCCCCCGGCAUCGCGGUGCACGCACUGAGCAAGAUCAAGUACGGCGACAACACUACCUCAGAGGGCGUCCUCUUCGCCACCUAUUCCGCCCUGAUCGGUGAGAGCCAGGCCGGUGGGCAGCACCGCACGCGCAUCCGGCAGAUCCUGGAGUGGUGCGGGGAGGCCUUCGACGGCGUGAUUGUGUUUGAUGAGUGCCACAAAGCCAAGAACGCAAGCUCCACCAAGAUGGGCAAGGCCGUGCUGGACCUGCAGAACAAACUGCCCCUGGCCAGGGUGGUCUAUGCCAGUGCCACAGGUGCCUCUGAGCCCCGGAACAUGAUCUACAUGAGCCGCCUGGGCAUCUGGGGUGAGGGCACGCCCUUCCGGACCUUCGAGGAAUUUCUGCACGCCAUCGAGAAGAGGGGUGUGGGCGCCAUGGAGAUUGUGGCCAUGGACAUGAAGGUCAGUGGCAUGUACAUCGCUCGCCAACUCAGCUUCUCUGGUGUCACCUUCCGCAUCGAGGAGAUCCCGCUGACCCCGGCCUUCGAGCGCAUCUAUAACCGGGCAGCCCUGCUGUGGGCCGAGGCCCUGGGCGUGUUCCAGCAGGCAGCCGACUGGAUCGGCCUGGAGUCGCGCAAGUCCCUGUGGGGCCAGUUCUGGUCAGCCCAUCAGCGCUUCUUCAAGUACCUGUGUGUGGCCGCCAAGGUGCACCGGCUGGUAGAGCUGGCCCAGGAGGAGCUGGCCCAGGACAAGUGUGUGGUCAUCGGGCUGCAGUCCACAGGUGAGGCGCGGACCCGGGAGGUGCUGGGCGAGAAGGAGGGACAGCUUGAUGGCUUCGUAUCUGCCGCCGAAGGCGUCUUUUUGUCGCUAAUUCAGAAGCACUUUCCUUCGACCAAGAGAAGGCGAGAGAGAGGAGCAGGCAGUAAGAGAAAGCGGCGGCCACGGGGCCGUGGGGCCAAGGUGCCCAGGCUGGCAUGUGAGGCGGCGGGUGUGAUCCGCAUCAGUGAUGACAGCAGCACGGAGUCGGACGGCGGCCUGGACAGUGACUUCCACUCCUCCCCCGAGUCCCUGCUGGACGACGAUGUGGUCAUUGUGGACACCAUCGGGCUCCCGGCCGAUGACCGCGGCCCCUUGUGCCCCCCACAGCGGGACCUGCACGGCCCCGGUGUCCUGGAGCGGGUUGAGCGGCUGAAACAGGACCUGCUGGCCAAGGUGCAGGCGCUGGGCCGGGAGCUGCCAGUCAACACCCUGGACGAGCUCAUCGAUCAGUUGGGGGGCCCAGAGUGCGUGGCCGAGAUGACCGGCAGGAAGGGCCGCGUAGUGUCCAGACCUGACGGGACAGUGGCGUUCGAGUCACGAGCGGAGCAGGGUCUCUCCAUUGAUCACGUGAACCUCAGGGAGAAGGAACGCUUCAUGAGUGGGGAGAAGCUUGUGGCCAUCAUCUCAGAGGCCUCCAGCUCCGGUGUCUCCCUCCAAGCUGACCGCCGCGUCCAGAACCAGCGGCGCCGGGUGCACAUGACGCUGGAGCUGCCCUGGAGCGCUGACCGAGCCAUCCAGCAGUUUGGCCGGACCCACCGCUCCAACCAGGUCUCUGCGCCGGAGUACAUCUUCCUCAUUUCGGAGCUGGCGGGGGAGCGCAGGUUUGCUUCCAUCGUGGCCAAGCGGCUGGAGAGCCUGGGGGCUCUGACCCACGGGGACCGCCGUGCCACUGAGUCCCGGGACCUGAGCAAGUACAACUUUGAGAACAAGUACGGCGCCCGGGCACUCAGCUGCGUCCUCACCACCAUCCUAAGCCAGACGGAGAGCAAGGUGCCACUGCCCCAGGGCUACCCCGGAGGGGAUGCUACCUUCUUCCGUGACAUGAAGCAGGGGCUGCUGUCAGUGGGCAUUGGCGGGCGUGAGUCCCGGUCCGGCUGCCUGGACGUGGAGAAGGACUGCUCCAUCAGCAAGUUCCUGAACCGCAUCCUGGGGUUGGAGGUGCACAAACAGAACGCACUCUUCCAGUACUUCUCCGACACCUUUGACCACCUCAUCGCUGCGGACAAGAGGGAGGGCAAAUACGACAUGGGCAUCCUGGACCUGGCCCCUGGCAUCGAUGAGAUCUAUGAGGAGAGCCAGCAGGUGUUCCUGGCGCCCGGGCACCCGCAGGAUGGACAGGUGGUCUUCUACAAGAUCAGUGUGGACCGCGGCCUGAAGUGGGAAGAGGCCUACGCCCGGUCGCUGGAGCUGACGGGCACCCACGAUGGCUUCUACCUCUCCUACAAGGUCCGCGGCAACAAGCCCAGCUGCCUGCUGGCCCAGCAGAACCGCGGCAAGCUCUUCACCGUGUACAAGCCCAACAUAGGGCGGCAGAGCCAGCUAGAGUCCUUGGAUAGCCUGAGCCGGAGGUUCCACCGGGUGACGGCAGAGGAGGCCAGGGAGCCCUGGGAAAGCAGCUACACCUUCUCGCUGACGCACUGCAGCCACACCACGUGGAACCGGCAUUGCCGGCUGGUGCAGGAGGGCAAGGACUGCGCACAGGGCCUGCGGCUGCGCCACCACUACAUGCUGUGCGGGGCCUUGCUGCGCGUGUGGGGCCGCAUCGCCGCCGUCAUGGCCGAUGUCACCAGCAGCAGCUACCUGCAGAUCGUGCGUCUCAAGACCAAGGACAAGAAGAAGCAAGUCGGCAUCAAGAUCCCAGAGGUCUGCGUGCGCCGAGUCCUGCAGGAGCUGCGGCUGAUGGACGCUGACGUGAAGCGCAAGCAAGCGCGCACUCGGGGUCUCCUCGCGCCGCCGCCCACCCCACGCCCGCUUGCUUUGCCCUUUGGCCCUGGGGAGGUCCUGGACCUCACGUAUAGCCCGCCGGCCCAGGCCUUCCCCGCGCCCUCACCCUUCACCUUCCCGGCCCUGGGCCCGGGCCCCGGCCCCGGCGGCCAGCUGCUGGGCACCCCCGACACCCCCGACGCCCCAGCUGACCCCGUGGCACUUCUGCACCAGGGCUGUGAAAUCAACUUCAAGGAGGUGCUGGAGGACAUGCUGCGCUCCCUCAACGCUGCGCCGCCCCCUGAACCCCCCGGCCCUCUGGGUGCGGGGGCGGCGGGCGCACCGGCCGGUGGAGCACCGGAGCGGCAGAGCGUCAUCCAGUUCAGCCCCCCCUUUCCCAACUCCUAGGUCCAGGCAUCCUUCCCGAACGAAACUUAUUUAUCCGUAAUAGGCUCCCAUUUACACGGGGAAGAGGGUGGCUAGCCGAGCAGGGCCAGGACCCCAGCCGACUACUGAGAGGAGCAGGGCCAGGGGCCCCUCGUCCAGCCUCCGAGGCCUCCAUUGCAGUGCCUUCCCGCCCGGUGCCUGGGCAGACCCCCAAAAUGCUGUCCGCCCCGGGGGGCCCUCCGAGGCCUUGCCUGGUGGGCAGAGGCCUUGUGCAGCCCCCACUCAGGAUACUUGGGUGCCAGGCAGGGCCUGGGGUGGUGGCCCUUCUUCUCUGUGCCUCUAUCCUCUACUGCCCCCCUCCAGGCCUGGGUUGGGGCUCCCACCCCACCCACCUUACAAGGCCCUGUUCAGGCCUGUACCCCUGACAUCCUCAAAACUGGGUGGCCCCAAGAGCUGGAAACUCAGGAAAUCCCAGGUGCUCAGGGCCCCACCGCCUCUGGGGGGCCUCAAGGGGCAGAUCCCCUCUUAAUAUAUGCAACCCUUCCCUGCUCUCUGUGCCCUAAAUUAUUGUCCAGCCACCUCUCUCAGGGGCCUGGAAUCCCUGCAGAGCUGGUGGCUGGCCCCCUGGUUUCUAUGUGUAUUUAUAAUUAAUUCAAGUGUAUAUAUGUAAAGAGAUCUUUUUUAAAUAUAUGUGCCUUUUCACUA